GAGCACCCAGCCUUCCACCGCCAGCGCCCCGAGGGACACGGCCGGCCGGACAGAAACCCCCCGGGAUCCCCGCCCAGCUCCGACGCCUCUCUGCCCUGCCCCGAGCGGCUCUUCGCCCGCUUCCCAGCCGAGAAAUUCCGGCGCUCGGCCUACGAGGAGGGCGGCCCCCGCGGCGGCCCCCGCUUCGCCAAGGGCGCCCUGCGGACCCCCUUCCACCCGUACCAGCGGCAGGGGCCGGAGGAGCCCUUCCCCGCCGCUGCCCAGGAGGGCUUGGAGGAGACCAGGCAGGCGGCCCAGGGCUUCCCCCCACCGCUGCCCCACCUGGGCCCCGAACCGGCCUGGAGCAGCAACGGCAUGCAGUACGGCCGCCUGGGGCAGGAGCCCCACAUCCCGCGGGCCCUGGAAGCGGAUGCCAGGCUGAAGACGGGCCCCCUGGAGGAGCAGCCCUUCUGCUGCCAGCCUCACGGGCUGCCGGAGUUCUGUCCCUCUCACCCCUUCCACCAGUAUCUCGCCAGCGGUGCCCUUCCGCUCCCCUUCCUCUCGGCCCCCCACCACCCGUACCAGAGGAUGGGGCCCCCAGGCCCCCAGCAGCCGCCCCCACUGCCCCUCUUUCCAAAGCCCAUCUACUCUUACAGGAUGGGGUAA